CAGUACACGGCAUUGGUAAGUAGCCACGUCAGCAGGCCACAGCGGCAGGACACGUCAGUGCAUGGUGCUCACCCGCUCAAAGACAAGCGGCAUGGAGCAGCAGCCAGGCAAGACUACCGAGGCCUAUGAGGCCCGCAUGCUGGACAUGGUAGCCGAGUACAAGCAACGGGCAGCUGCGGCACCGUCCGCACGUAAGAAGGAAGACGAUGAAGCAGAGGAACAGCAUCGACUCGCUGAACAGCAGCGACAGGCGGACGCUGAGGCAGCAGCGACGGCCGCAGAUGAAUGCCGUCGACUACGCCGAGACAAACUCCUCGAAUGCGAGGGGGAUAUCGAGGUCAUCGCCGGCGAAUGGGCAGUGGCUGCUGCAGAGGAGGGUGCCCCCUCUGCUGUGCGUGGCCUUGCAACCACAAUCGAACAUGUUAGCGACUUGGUCGCCACCUGUGCAGCACAGCAAGAGGACAUCCUGUGCAUGGAUACCCUGGCCCGGAAGCAGAUUCGUGUGAUUGACGAACUGCUUGACCGGGUACGCCGGCUGGAACAGCAGCUUGCAACAGCCACCCCCGCCGGACCCUCCAACUUGGCGGAUCGCAUCAACGUCUUGGAGAUCGACGUCGAGACUCUCAAGGACGGCGCUUUAACGACAAGUCAGCGGAUUGACCAGCAGAUUUGCGUUGCCGCAGCCAGUCCAACCGCGACCAAUCGUGAGAGCAUUCCGAAGUUUGACGGCCUCCCGAUCUUCUGCGAUGCAACGAAGACGGACUCGAUCCCAUGGUGGCGUCAGUUUGAGCUGAAGUUGGACAUUCACCACGUCAUCAAUCCGAACCGGCACUCGUACUUAUACUCCCGCUCGGGAGGCACGUUGUCGGAGGGCACGGUGUCCCGGCCCUCCUGUGUACCAAGUCUCUGCAUAGUGCCAGUUUCCUGCGCUGGUACCUGGAUCGUUUCUCGGCGUGGACAGGUCCCGGUGGCGUAGCCCUCAGCGAAAGGGGUGCGCCACAAGACUUCCAUUGGUCCACGCAGGCUUGGCGCCCUGCUGUACAGCAGAG